AUGUUGAACAUAUGGUCUAUGAAAAAAAAGCAAAAAGAGGCUGAGAAUGCCGAGGGCCAGGCCGCUGGGGGCAAGAGGAAGAAGGUGACGGCGGCACAGCUACGAGUGCAGAAAGAUCUAUCAGAACUAUCACUCGGAGCCACGAUGAGAACGGAUUUCCCGGACCCUGACAACAUUCUGAACUUUAUCCUAAGUAUCGAGCCGGACGAGGGCAUGUAUCGAGGGGCGAAGUUCACUUUCGACUUUGCCAUCAACCAGAACUUCCCUCACGAGCCCCCAAAAGUGCGAUGCUUGGAGAAGAUUUACCAUCCCAAUAUCGAUCUAGAAGGCAAGGUGUGCUUGAACAUUCUGCGGGAGGACUGGAAACCAGUACUGAACCUGAAUGCUGUCAUUGUGGGAUUGCAGUUUUUGUUCUUAGAACCCAACGCUUCGGAUCCGUUGAACAAGGAGGCUGCUGAUGACCUGCGAAGCAACCGAGAAGGCUUCAAAAGAAACGUACGAACGGCCAUGAGUGGAGGAACUAUUAAGGGUACUACAUAUGACCGGGUACUGAAAUAG